AUGUCGUUCCCAACGCUGACCCUCCACAUCCAACUCUGCGCAGAAUCCUCGACAAGAAACGCUUUUUUCGCUCAACUUUCGCACGGGAUGGUUUAUAAUGGUCCAAGCAAGGGUUGCCAGAGAUGCAGAGCUCGGCGAAUCAAGUGUGAUCGAGCUUCGCCUGCCUGCCAAAACUGCGCGAGCAAGGGGUUUAUUUGUCCCGGGUACCAUGACAUAUUCGACAAUGCACACAGAGACGAAACAUACAAGGUGGCCAGUCGGCACUCCAGGAGGAGGAGGGGCAACGUGCCAACGCAGCCGUGCUCGAACCUCGCCGGUAGCAAUCUCGUUCAACGAAACAAAGCAAAAUACAGUGACAAAACACGUCUCCUCGUGGAUCGGAUUCCCGAAAACCUGUCUCAAGACGUCCUAUCUCGAGCGGUGGAUUACUUUUUCCUCUGUUAUGGUCAUGAUUAUGACCCCCAAGCCACCUGUAGCUUCUUCGACCUUUUACCGGCAAUGUUCGCCAAAGCUAGUGUGGUCUCGCCUCUUUACAAGGCAACCGUGGCAUUUGCCGUUCAAGUUGCCAGCCUGCACAACCCCUGCCACGGAGGUGCAGCUAUGGCGCAUGUGGUAUACACCGACGCCGUGUCGAGCACCAGGAAUGCCCUUCGUUGCCCAGAAAGCAGCAAAUCCGACGAGAUGCUACUCACGACGCUGGUGCUCGAGGCCUAUGAAACUACCUUUCAGGUGUUCAGAAGUGCGCAGUCGGCCCCAAGACUACCAACACACCUGCUGGGCUCGAUUGCCCUUUUGAAGUAUCGAGACACCUUGGCCUUGGAGCUUGCCUGCCUCAAACACGCUUUCUGCAACAAAGAGACCGCCGUAGAAGCAAGUGUCGCCUCCAGUCACUGCGCAAACGGGACAAUUCUUAGCAGUGGGCCCGAGGUUGAUGGUCUUCUAUCCCGCGCUAUCUGCCUUGCGGACCGAUGCUCUCGAUGGUACGCAUCUCUUCCACCAGCUUGGCGGCCAAUUGCCGCUACGGCUCCCAGAGGCGCUGUAUCCAUUCAGCCCAACAACAGCGGCCAACAUACGCCCCCCAUCGUCUUCUCAAAUCUGUUUAUAGCCAACUCGUACAACCGACAUCGAGUCACGGAGCUCGGGGCCCUCUGCCUUGUUAUCAAGGGCCUCGUAGAAAGCGAUACUGCCAAUGAACUGCGAGAUGUACAUUUGCCAUCCUGGCUAAUAUCUCGAGUACAAUCACUCGUCGAUGAUAUCUGCGACACGGUUGAGUUUAUGACUUGUGAUGUCAAGGUGGAUGGCCUACAUAACGUUCAAACCCUAUUGACAUUCACGCUUUCCGAUUCGAGCUGUUCGAUGGGCCCGAACCACACCUCACCAAUUGAGGUCAAGCACGCACGGCAAGUGGCCUCGUCAGGAUUGUACAUGGCUUACAGCACGCUAUCAGCAGUGCUUGAGCUUUUGGGCGGUGGCCUUUCAUACAGGGAUAUGGCUCCCUCCAUGAUGUGCGAGGGGCAGAUGCAGUGGAUUGAGGAACGAAUCACCAAGCUCGGCAGCAUUUUCUCCCCGAGGAUUAGGCGCACAAUGUGA